AUAAACUCUUUUGAAAGUGUGUAUGUGGUUGUUGUCUUUGUUUCUUUGUUUAGCUUAAAUUAAAAAGUUUUUAUGUCCUCGUAAAAAGAUAUUCGUAAAAGUUCGUCUAAAAAAAGCUUGUAAAUAAUAAAGAUCUUUUCAUGUCUGAAUCAAACAGAAUUUCUUGCGGCACGUUAAAAUCACUUAAUACGCAUUCGUUCCUGAAAGAUCGCCUAAAUGCUAUUCCUAAAGUAACAUACACCUCAGUUGGCUGCAUUCAAAGAAACGACAAAUAUAUUCGUCUAAAGACAUUAGUCCAUUAUGUCAGUCUGGAUCUUUACUACAAUUUGUUUCAUAACCCACAGUAUGGCGGUUUUCCUACCAAAAAAACGGAACUUUAUAAAUCGUUAAAACAAUUCGAAAAUCAACUUCGCCAUUCUCAAAAGACUUCUAUUACAGAAAAAGACUGGGUAAAGUUAUUUCCAGAAAAUAAAAAAUCAAAUUCUCAAGAAUUUACUAUUGAACUAUUUCAAUUUUUAAUUAAGAACUGCGUUUCGCGAUUUCCUGAGAUUUCAAAAGAUGAAAACAAUGUCAAGUUUGAAGCAAACGCUUUUAUGAUAUUAAUAGAUAAGCUUCACGAUACAGUAUGUAAUCCUAAACUUGUUCAAACUGUAAAUAGCUCACACGAUACCUUUGUUUCUUUGUGGAAUAUUCUUCACGAAAUUCUUCUGAAGUUAAAUUACGACGUCAACCUCGUUAAAGAUAUUGAAAGCGGUGACUUGGAUAAGUUAACAAGUUGUCGUCACUCUCUUCUCACUAUACAACUGCAGGUGCUUUUAGACGAAUGUAAGGAACUCGACAAAUCAACGAGUAUGAAUGGUCUGGCUGUCUCAAAACUGAUUUCAGAUUAUAAUGAAACAAUAUCUAAGCAGGAGAAUGGCUUCUCUGAUGAUCAGUUUUCUAUUAAAGCAAAAUCUCUUCAAGAUAGUAUAGCUUUAGUGAUGCAGCUUUUAUCAUUAAUAAAAUCGAGCAUCUCUGAAUUAACAUCAGACAUUCCGUUUUGGAAGGGAAAAAAUAUAGAAGGGGAUAUUAUAAUUUAUGAAGAAAAACUUUCUAAAAUAAGAAACCAAAUUAAUGAACAAACAAGAGAACUUGGCGAAAUUUUCCAUUCAACUUCUUUAGAUAUUGUUAAGAUUAAGGAGAGGCUUCACUUUCAAGAAGAUAACAUUCAUAUUGUUCACCGACAACGGUCAACAAGUUCUCAAUCAUUAAAGGACACAGUAAGUUAACAAAUGAGACUACAGAACACAGUUAAUUCUUUAAUUAAAU